AUGGAGCCGGAUUCCAGCCAGCGCUCCAGCCUAGAGUCCCCUAGUAACAACUCUCCGAUGGAACGGGAAGUAGACCUCGAAAAGGCGCUUCCCAGGCACGAGAAUGAAGAUGCCAAUGCCAAUGUCACCGUGACGGUCCCGCAGUCCCGCGACCCGAAUGUCGUUAAUUGGAAUGGCCCAGACGACCCUGAGAAUCCACUGAAUUGGCCGGUGCGAAAGAAAUGGUCCAAUAUCCUCUUUCUUUCAGCCAUUACUUUUCUGACACCCUUUUGCUCAUCCAUGUUUGCACCAGGCGUGCCUCUGGUAAUGGACGAAUUCAACUCCGACAACGUCGACCUAGCUUCGUUCGUUGUCUCGGUCUACGUGCUUGGAUAUUGCUUUGGGCCCUUGGUCAUUGGACCGUUGAGCGAGCUAUAUGGUCGAUUACUGAUCUAUCAUAUCAACACACUCUUAUUUCUCGUGUUCAAUAUCGCUUGCGCCAAAUCCAGCAGUCUCUCUAUGCUGAUUGUCUUUCGUUUCCUGGCCGGUCUUGCAGGAUCUUGUCCCUUGACCGUGGGCUCCGGGUCCAUUGCAGAUACCUUCAGGCAAGAUCAGCGCGGGAAAGUCAUGUCCAUAUGGACGUUUCCGAUCUUAUUUGGACCAAGGCAAGUGCUACUCGACGUUCUCGGCCCGGUAGUGGGAUCAUAUCUUUCUGAAGCGGCAGGGUGGCGCUGGGAUUUCUGGCUCGUUUCAAUAUGUACUGGAGCCCUACUAGCCGUGGCCGUUGUUUUUCAACGCGAAACAUACCCUCCCAUCCUUCUCGAACGAAAAGUCAAACGCCUCCGCAAGGAAACUGGCAACGAAAAGCUCCGCUCAGCCUUUCAGUCGUCACAAACGCCCCGCCGACUCUUUUUCAUCUCCAUCGUUCGGCCCACGAAAAUGCUUUUCCUCUCGCCUAUCGUCUUCGGCCUCUCCCUGUACAUUGCCGUCGGAUACGGCUAUUUGUAUCUCGUCUUCACCACCAUCACAUUCGUCUUCGUCGAUCAAUACGGCAUUUCCGCAAGUAAUGUGGGCCUCGUCUAUCUGGGUAUUGGCAUCGGCCAAUUCGCAGGCCUGAUACUCUUUGGUGCCUUCUCCGACAAGUACUUGAAAAAGUGGGCCAAGGGGGGAGAAAUGAAGCCUGAAUAUCGACUCCCGCUAUUAUGGCCUGGUGCAAUCUUGAUUCCGGUCGGACUGUUACUCUAUGGCUGGACGGCGAAAUAUAAGGUGCAUUGGAUGGUGCCGAUUUUCGCGUCUGCGCUCUUUGGGGCGGGAAUGAUUGCGGUCUUCAUGCCGAUAGGUACGUACCUUAUAGAUGCGUAUACCAUCUACGCCGCAAGCGCCAUGGCGGCCAAUACGGUCCUUCGGAGUUUGGGGGGGGCGCUUCUACCCUUGGCCGGCCGCCGAAUGUACGCUACCUUGGGCCUGGGAUGGGGCAACAGCCUUUUAGCGUUCAUAUCCUUGGGUAUGGCGCCAAUGAUUUGGUUCUUUCUGAAAUACGGAGAAAUGCUUCGAACACAUCCAAGGUUCAGGCUGAAGCUUUAA